AUGCGGAAGGAAAUCGCGGAUCUUCGUUCUCAAAACGCGGCCAUGAAAGCACAAAUAACUGAUCUAAUACAAGAGGUUGAUGGAGCAAAAACAUCAACACAAUAUAUCUCAGAUCAGUAUGAUGACUACGCGAAACGUCUCAGCCGCAUAGAAAAGCAGCCCUUGGAUAAUAGCGCAAUCAAAAACUUGGAGUCCAAAAUUGAUAACUUAGAACAGCAUGCUAGACAAUGCAAUAUAGAAAUAGCGAAUAUGCCAGAAAAACGUGGUGAAAACCUUGUUAUGCUUUUGGAGGACAUCGGCAAGAACAUUGACUUGACUAUUCCACGAGAUGAAAUCGUAUCUAUACAUCGCGUCCCACACGCUGCUGUACUAGCCAAUGAUAGACCCAAAAAUGUUAUCGCGAAGUUGAAAACACGCAGUUUGCGGGAUAAUAUACUUAGUGCUUUCCGCUUAAAGAAAGGUCUUUCAUCCACUCAACUGGGCAUCUCUGGACCAACUCGAGUUAUUUAUGUUAACGAACACCUUACCCUUCAAAAGAAACUGCUUCUUCGUGAAACUCGUGAAGAAGCUAAGAAGCACGGUUUUAAGUACGUAUGGGUUAGGCACGCUACAAUACUUGUAAAAAAAACUGAUACAUGUGCUGCCUUAGCCAUAAAAUCGAGUAACGACUUAUUGAAAAUGAAGGCUAACUAA